AUGGAUUCAAAACCCCCACGAAAUGUUUCUGAAAACCUCUCCACAAGACUUCCAAUGCUUCGAGGUACCAGAAAUUCUUCUAUUAAAUCUAUCUUACAAGAAAAAAGUUCUCGCUGCCAAAUUCGGCUACAAAAAGAUGACAUGAUGAUUAAAGAAAACACCUCUGCAGAGGACGCCAAAUCUGAUAUGCUCCCAGCUGUUCAUUUAGAAAUGAAAGGAAAGUAUCUCAUUUUCCGCCCCAUUUAUGUAGCAGAAAGACCUCCUGCUCCGCCAAAUAUGGGUUACAAUUUCAAAUUCUUAGGAAAUGAAGUAAAAAUUAUUCGGUGAAUUUGUGAGGAUAAUGGGAUGAGGGAGUCAAAAAAGGAAUGGAUACUGGGAUGAAGCAAUGGUAGCUUGAGAAGCAAUAUUUAUCAAAAUUUGAGCCGCUGACAAAAAGUUAACCAUUUUCCAAGGACAAUUGAAAUAACCAAGAAAGACUGUCUUUUUAAAAAUAUAUCACGAAUGCAAUCAAUUCAUGGCAAAAAAGCUUAUUCAUUUGUCCCAAACACCUAUGUUUUGCCUCAAGACUCUCAAGAGCUUUCAAAUGAAAUGGAUAAAGAUAGAGGCAAGAUUUGGAUAGUAAAACCAGCUGGCAGUUCCCAAGGGCGUGGGAUUUUUCUAACUAAUAAAAUUUCUGACAUUCCUCCUGCGACCCCAAUGGUAGCUUCUGAGUAUAUUUCAAACCCCUUGCUUAUAAACGGCUUGAAAUUUGACCUAAGAAUUUAUAUCGCAGUAUCCUCAAUAGACCCUCUUAGGCUUUAUAUAUAUAAAGAAGGGCUCGUUAGAUUUGCUACAGAGCCUUACAACUUAGAUGACCCUGCAAACCGGUUUGGUCACCUGACGAACUACUCCUUAAACAAAUAUGCCCCAAAUUUCCAAGACCUCGACCAAGACGGCAAAGGGUAUAAAUGGACUCUAUCUGCUUUAAAAGAAUUUUUUGCAGGAAAAGAUAUUAAUUUUAAUAUCAUUUGGGAAGGUAUAAAAGACAUUGCCGCAAAAACUCUGAUUUCAAUAGAAACCACUAUGAACGCAGGCAUGAACAUGUUUGUUCCUUACAGUACAAACUGUUUUGAGCUUUUAGGUUUUGACAUUUUAAUUGACGACCAGCUGCGUCCAUGGCUUUUAGAAGUAAACUUGUCUCCUUCAAUGAACACUGAUACAUCAAUAGACCUCAAGGUAAAAUCCAAAUUAAUCACUGACUUAUUCAAUCUUGUAGGUAUCCCAUCCAGAAGAAUGCAAGAAAAAAGAGUAAGCUCUGGCAGCACUUUGAGACCUGCAUGAAACUCAUUUACAUCUAACUCAAACUCAGACCUAUCGAGCCAAGAACUUAGAGUAAUGCAAGAAACAGAAAGAGAGCUUGGCAGGAUGGGAAAUUUCGAGUGUAUUUUUCCAUCAGAAAACAUGCAUAAUUAUAAGCAGUUCUUUGAUGUAGAAAGGCCAUUUAAUUCUUUGCUCAUGGCUCAGUUUGCGAAUGGGAGCAAAAAGGAAAUAUAUAAAAAUCAACUGUAUGCAUAUGAAGCAAAAAUUGAAAAGAAAAGAAAAGAAACUAGCCUGAGCAGAAGGGAAAGAGUAGUUAAUAAUGAUAUUCCUGCACACCCAGACCUUAUUUCAAUGCUAUUAAAACGACACUCUAAUGGGAAUUUUUAA